AACCUCAGAGGCAGAAGAUUAGUUUUCAGCAUGAUCUCUGGUGUUGUGUUGUAUUGACUUUAUAACUGUUAGAAAUGUACUUUUAGUAGAAAGACACAUUUUUGAAUCAGGUUAAUAAAUACCGGUAAUAUUCCCAUCCUCAUAGACGUGACUAAGGUUUGAAGCAGGCAGGACUAUCUGGAGGAGUAUCAACUGAACUGAGAUCUGCUGCUGUGAAGAUGGUGUUUGUUAAAGAGGAGAGCAUAGACUGUAAAAAAAGGAGGAGAGUGAAGAGGACAUGAGUGAACCAGAACCCUGGAGAAUAAAACACGAGGAACAAGGAGUGAUGUUUUUCGAUUUAAUCAGAACUGGUUUAUCUGGAUCAGCUGCUGUUCAACUGAACUCUUUCUCAGCAGAAGGAAGAAAAUAAAACAGGAAUAAAUAUAUUGACUUCAUGCACCAGAUUGUUCACUUACAGACUUUUAAUUCUGAUGAUCCAGACAGAUGAUCAUAAUUUCAACUGAUCAUGGACCUGCUUCUGAUUAUUUUUGUGGCUGUAAUUCCAGUUGUAGCUAAUGGCUUCACUGUGAAAAGUCACUCUGGUCCUCUUCUAGUAUCAGGAUCAAGUCGUUCCAUAUUUGCGUCUGUGGGAGAGGACGUCACUCUGAGCUGCUCUGUCGACUCUCACAUCACACCUGAACACAUUGAAGAGGUUUCAUGGAAGAAAACAGAUGAUAUUCUGGUUCUGCUCUACCAAAACAAUGAGACUUUUCCAGAUUCAUCAGAUGAGCGAUACAGAGACAGAGUUGAGUUCUUCACUGAUGAAAUCCCCAAAGGAAAUUUCUCUCUCAGACUGAAGAGUGUCAGAACUGAGGAUAAAGGAGUUUACAUGUGUCAAGUGUUUGCUGGAGGACUUUCAGCCAAUGCAACUGUAGUACUGGAGCAACUGGGUUUCUCUUUUUCACACAUAAUGGUGUUGAUUCUCUGUAUUUUUGGAUCUGGAUCUGCAGUUCUGCUCUGUUGUCUGAUCUACUGCAAAUCACCAAAUAAAGGGAUGAUUCAACCAUUUGUUCCUCUCGGUUCUUCAGUGAUUCUGCCCUGUUUUGCUAAGAAACACUUAUUAAAGGAAAAUCUGAAGGUGGAAUGGAGAAGAACAGACACUAAAGCUCUGGUUCAUCUGUAUCAAGAUGGAGAGAGUCGACCAGAGAAACAGCACAAAGACUAUCAUGAUAGAGUUCAUUUCUUUACUGAUGAGAUUCAACAUGGAAACUUCUCCCUCCAACUGGACAGUCUGAGCACUGUAGAUGACGGAGAAUACACAUGUAAAGUUUACGAAAAACAGGAUUGUGUGUAUUCAACUAAAAUAAUUUUGGAACUUGAGUGUGAUCGCUCGUCAUCUAUUCCAGGGUUUACUGUGCAUUGUCCCUUUGGUCAUCUGGUCAUCUCUCUGGGAUCUUCAGUGGUUUUGCCCUGUUAUUGUAAUAAACACUUACCAUUAGAAAAUCUGAAGGUGGAAUGGAGAAGAACAGACUCAGAGACUCUGGUUCAUCAGUAUCAAGAUGGUGAGAGUCGAGCAGAGGCCCAGCAGCAGGAGGAUUAUCAUGAUAGAGCUCAUUUCUUUACUGAUCAGAUUCAACAAGGAAACUUCUCCCUCCGUCUGGACGAUCUGAGAGCUGAAGAUAAGGGAGAAUACACAUGUAAAGUUUACAGCAAACAGACAUUUGUGUUUUCAACUGAAACUUAUUUGGAAGUGGGACUACUUGAUUCAUUUUUCCAUCUUCAGAUGUUAUUAGUCGUCUGUCCAAAUAUGAUCAUGUGCUUUGCUUUUGUCUUGUGGGGUGUUUCUGAAGGAUCUGUGAAUGAGUCUGUCUCAUGUUGUGCUCUUUAUUUUCUGAGACCACUCUUGUUGCUUUGGGCAGCUCCUUAUAUCACCAACUUUACAGGCAACAUUAAAACACUGAUUCUGAAAUACAGUUAUGUUGCAGAAUAUGUUGUUCUCUCAGCUGUUGUUUAUUUAGCUCUUUUUACAAGUGCUUUGGAAAAACUUCUGAAUUAUGCUGAGUUUGAACGAGUCGCAAUAAUAGUCUUGUUUGCAACAGUGUUUCUGUGUUGCCUCAGCAAAAUCAUUUACCUUGUGCUUACACAGAUUAGAAAGAAAAGUGGACGAAUAAUUAAUAUAUUUGAUGUUGUGGCUGAUAUGAUCUUUGAAAUUCUGCCUACUUUACAAUUCAUCCUCCUUUUCUUCACAUUUGGAUCUGUCAAAGGAGCACUGAUCAUUGUUGUCAUUUUACCAGUGUUACUGAUGCUGACAAAUGACACAUGGUUUUUUAGAUGCUAUGAUAGACUCGACUGUUCAGAUUCAGUCAUAAGAACAGUGAUGUUAAUCUUCAUAUUAGUGAUUAAUGUAGUGAUGAUCAUUCUUUACAUAAUGACACUGGAGAAUAAGACAGAUGCUAUUGGAUGGGGCUGUGUGAUGGUGUUUUUGCAGAUACUCUGGGCCGUCAUGAAGUUUACUUUAUAUUUUCUCGAUUUUGAUGAUGUUUUCCCCCGUGUUGUUCCUGUGUAUGUGUUUGGAUCAGUUGGUGUUGUUUUACUGACCUCUGUUACACUGAUGACUGAACUGAUACUGAAAACGGUUAAUGGUGAUCGUACAUUUGGAGAUCUGAGAUUCGUAGUCUUUCCUUCUGAAUGUUUCUUUGCUGUUUCUCUGCUGAUUUCUGGAUUAUUUCCAUCUGGCAUCGCAAAGUGUCUGAAGUCUUGUCAGCAGAAUAUAGAGAACACCAAACAAACUCCAGAUGAUGGAUCACAACAAAACCAGAAAACAGAGAUGAGUCUUCUGAAGACUGAAGUUCAGGACUAAACUCAGUCUGAUUCAGUGGUAUCACAAACAUGAACAACAAUGAGAGAAAAGGAUUGUUUCAGAUUCACCUAACACAUUUUAAGAUAUUAUGGUAUUUCAGCAAAACUGCUUUGAAAAAAUACAGAUUUUCUAGCAUUGAUCAAUCUGAGAUUGGUAUAAUUACGUCAUUCAUUAUUAAUGUAAAUAGUUUUGCACAUGGAAAAAAAAUGUAAAUAUAUUUUAUUGUGUCUUAACUCUGUAUAUAUGUGAUGUUGAUUUUUUUUUUUUUUUAAAAAGCCAACGGUGUAAAUAAAUCAGAAAAUUAAGACCCAACAUAAACACUGUCAUUUUAAGGUUUAAAUAUUCAGACUCAGUUACUACAAAGAUAUUUUUAUUAUUAUAGACAUGUAUUAGCCUACAAUUUACAUUCAGGCGUUUUAAAUAUUUGCAAUAUUUGAAUUAUUAAAUACGGUAGUGGCCAGAAGUGAUGCCUGGCCACGAUCAAGAAAACUGAAAAAUUGUGUGGACAUAUUUUUGGACGGGCUGUCAUGGAGAUUUAUAAUAGUUUGUAGUAGGCUUAUAUUUAUUUAUUAAACACUAUUUAAACAGCAGUCCAUCGACCAAAGUGCUAUACUUUUUAAGAACCACAUAACAAUGACAAUCAUAACCAUAAAAAACAUAACAACAACACCACAGAUAACAUAAAAUCAAAAAACCCACAGAUGGAAUAGGCUGUUCAACCAGUUACCAGUUACGCUAGGGGUGCCAAUCUAAGGUAAAAAUUUCCAAAGUUUAAGAGCUACCAUUGCAAAUACUCCAUCUCCACUCAUCUUCUGUAAAUUCCACUUCACUUCGUCUUCUAUAAAUCCUGCAGCGAUUGAUAAACAAAAUAACAAACAAAACAACAACGGAAGUUUAACAUCCAUUUAUAUUGGCAGUCAAUGUAAGGAAACGAUAUGAUAACGGUGCAUUCACGUGGGGCGUCGGCAUUAACGCUUCUCAUUUACUUUGAAUGGGUUUUUGUUUUUGCCCUACCAC